CAUACUUCCGGUAAAGAUGGCGCUGUUGGGCGUUCUGUCUCGCGUAGCGUCCUCUGUUUCCCUUCACAGCGGAGUCACACCAUUUGCGUUUGCUGUUGUCAGCGGUUCUAAUUACUGCACGACUUUAAGGAAUUUGUGUUCGAAAAUGGGUCUGCCGAGGGUUUUCUUCGAUAUGUCCGCCGACGGUCAGCCCUUGGGCCGGAUCGUUAUCGAGCUUCGCUCCGACGUGGUACCAAAAACGGCGGAAAACUUCCGCGCCCUCUGCACCGGCGAAAAGGGCUUCGGCUACAAGGGCUCCACCUUUCAUCGCGUCAUCCCGAACUUCAUGUGCCAGGGGGGCGACUUCACCGCCCACAACGGCACCGGCGGCAAAUCGAUUUACGGCAGCAAAUUCGCCGACGAGAACUUCACCCUGAAGCAUACCGGGCCGGGAGUCAUGUCGAUGGCGAACGCGGGACCCGACACCAACGGGUCCCAGUUCUUCAUCACGACAGUCAAGACUUCCUGGUUGGACAAUAGGCACGUCGUCUUCGGGUCCGUCGUCGAGGGCAUGGACAUAGUCAAGAAAAUCGAGGGCUUCGGCUCGCAAUCCGGCAAAACCAAUAAAAAAGUCGUCGUGUCGGAUUGCGGCCAGUUAUCUUAAAUUUAAUUAUUAUUUAAAAUAAAAAACAACAACAAUAGAUGCACCUAUUUCUAAUAAUAAUAAUAAUAAUAAUCAAUCGACCAUAGUUGAAUGUACCAUCAUCAUUAUCAUCCCUCCCUGAACUCUUCAUCCAAUUAUUAAUUAAUUAAUUAAUUAAUAGGGCUGAGUGAAGCUACCCUAAUGGUGAUUAUUAUUAUUGGGUGUAUCGAUAUUAUAAUGUAAUAACGUUUUCCAAUACAAGUGUUUUUUUGUUUGUUUGAAGCAUUUAAAGCCCUUCAGUGCAUUUACUACCACUACUACUACUGAUUUGAGUUGAAAUAAAUUUAAUUUUAAAUUUC